GGUGAAGGUGAGGACUGCGAUAACUGCGAAAGGCAAGAGGAAGUAGACCAGAAAGCCGAAGGACGGGUUGGAGAGUGCGUUGGCUCCCAGGGUGUUCAGCUGGGAUUCAAGACGGUUGUGCAUCUGCUUCACGAGAGGGGUGAAUACUCGAUCUGCUCAUUGCUCCAUCAUGGCGGACCGCUUGUCACAACUCCAAGAUGCAGUUAAUAUGCAAGCAGAGAACCUGUUCAACAGCAUUGGUUGUCUAUUUACUUCAGCUCCUCCUUGUAGCUUUGAUAAAAGUGGCAAGACUCCAUCACAGAAUGAUAAUCCAGAGGAUAUGACUGAACAUAAGAGAGUAUUUGCUACCUUAAUUGCUAGAAAUGCAAAGGAUAUUGAUGCACUCAUAGAGUCACUGCCCUCGGAGGAUUCUUCAGCUGAACUUCAAACUGCAAGCAUGAGAUUGUUAGAACAAGAAGGAGAGGAUGCAGCCUUACGUCUUCAGAGAGGCAUUGAACAAGGAGAUAAAUUAUUAGAAGAAAUUAACAGAGCCUUAUCAGAAAUUGCCAAUACACAGCUAGCCAUUAAUCGCAUUACAGAUGCAUCUCAGGGUGAUGCUAUUAAGAUAUAGGUGAAAUGCUUAUCAGGUAGUAUUAUUAAAUCGCUGCACAAUUUAUAUACUACACAUUUUUGUGAUGCUGAAUGUAACUUUGGUAUCUGUUCAGGUAAAAAGGAAAAUAAUCAAAACUUGAUUGAAUAGAACAAGAAGUUCUGAAAUACAUAUUUGUCUUGAAGUAAGUGAAUUACUGUACCACAUGUAAAAAUGCAACAUAAAAGAAAUCUUGGUCUCGCAUUGACCAUAUAUUUGUAAGUUUAAUAGUAUGAUGUGCAUUUUGAAUAUGACAACCUGUUAUCUAAAGUAAAUGAAUUUAUAUGUAGUUUUUAUACUUUUUGAAAAUAUGAAAGAGUAGAUUGAGAGCUUCUCUUUUGUGUAAACCAAAUAAUAGAUUUAGUGAUUUCUGAUAACCAUGGCAAGACAAACAAGAGUAUUGCUGUAAUUGGUAAAAGACUACCACUUACAGUAGGGCAUGAUGCAGUUUGUUGUUCUGAUUAAUAAAUAGUAAAUGGUUGGUAAAUACAAUUUUGAAGGAAAAAUAGAUAGAAUAUGUAAAAGAAAGUAAGUAAUAUUGCUUUUCAUUACAUAAAGCAGUACAGUAUAUGCUUGUAACUUGUCAAAGGAGGGUUAUUGAAAGUAGGUAUAGUUUCAGUUAUGAAGUUUUUUUUAUUGGUUUUCAUUUUAAUUCUUGAGACCAAGUGUUUAAUUAAGCUUGAACUAGCCAUUUUAUUUUUAACCUCUGAUUUCUCUUUCAGAUCAGACAAGAUUGUGUUAUGAUGUUACAAUAAUGAUUUUAGUUUCAUCUUAAUUUUUGCAUUGUUAUAACAUGUGAAUAAAUAGAUUCAGUGUAGAGGGAUUGCGCAUUAUCUUUGCCUCCCUUCUAGCUUAAGAUUUGUGAUACUGUAGUUCUUUUCUUUACUUUUAGACAUUUUCAGGAAAUUGUUUUGGUAUCUUUAGUCUAAAAUGAUGUUUAGAGAGAAAUUUUAUGAUCAACACUGUUAGGUUGUGCUUUAGAAUAUAUGGCUAUUGAUGAUGUUCGUGUUAUGCUGCAGGUUCUUGUUAUUUCUGAUACCGAGUUGUGAAGUUCUGAAAAGAAGUGUCACAAAACACUGACAUUUUAUAACGUGGAAUCUAUUGAAAAACAGAACAGUAAACAGCAAAAUAUGUGGAAUUUGGACGUAAUAUAAUCUGUGAAAUUUGAGUGUCCUUUUACAAAGCAAAGAGUAUUGGUACAUACUUUUUUCCUUGGGGAGUGCCUGCAAACUACUCCUGUCAUACAUGGGGAGUAUCCUUAAGCACAUGCACAGGAAUAGCCAUGGACUGACUAAAAAAGGGUGGUACCAAGGUGGACAUGGGGAAGACGUGAUGCUCGUUUUCAACCAACUGACAUUGUACAUCCUUCCAGCCAUGAUACAUUUCAGACAUUAUUUCAUGUGGUCUUUUUACAGGUGCUAACUGUUUCCUUUGCAUGAACCUUUUGGAUUUUUGUGAUGUAUCAAUCCCAAGUGGUUUCUUAUGUGACUAGUGCUAAUGUUAUUUAUUUUUUCAGUGCUUUUGCUGGGCUUUGUCUCAGUGGAAAGCAGACAAGGCAAACUUACGUCUUUCAUCACUCAACCUUGUAAUUGUUUUUGGUGAGAAAGUAGCAGCUUGUAAUGGAAGGUUCAUCGGCCAUUGUCAUUCUCUGAUAUAUAAACUAAUAGUAAUAACUUUUAAGGUCUCCAUAGGGCACUCACAAUCUUCUGAGUUGGUUAUUUAUGGUUACAUGAUGGCUUUAUAGACUUUGUUUCAGAAAAGUUUCCUGGUUGCAGUAUUCCUUACUUGUGAGCUUCCUCUAAUGGGUGACUUAUUCUGUGGCUCCUGACUAGGGAAGGGUAGGAGAGCCCUUUUCUUCUUUAUCAUUGUCUUAACUUCACCUCGACCAUGCUCUUUCUUCCUGCAUAGACAGGCUUUGAGGUUAGUCUAGUCCUCGUGUAAGAGGUCUUGAAAGAAUUCUUUCUUGCACUGGAGGGAUGGAGUGCAGUCACUGGCAGUGAUCAAUUUAACCUUAGGGUCUGCUUUUAUCUCAUUUCAUAUUGAGUUAUCACUCUCUUUAAACAUGGCUGUUCAACUCAUUUGCUCAGUCUACAGUCUUCCCUCCUCUCACAGUGACACUUUGGAGUUGCAUGGAGAGGAGUUUCCACGGGCUGGUCUGUGGACGGGAUUUAAUAGGAUAAUCUUGUGCCAGCUGGAAACCAGUUAAAAACAAAGAUAGUACAGCAAGGAAUCUGUGGCAUCUGGCAACUUGUGUAUACAAGGUGGAAGCUGGUCACCAGCCAGGCAUAGAACCUUGUGACACGUCAAUGUUUCUUUGACUGCCUUGGAAAGUAGUCGCUAGUGCUCUCCUCCCAAGCCUUGCUUUGUUAGCCCAUGAUUUCUUUGUUUCAGUUCAUUUGUGUGUGUGCUUUGUUGUUACCAUGGAGUCCUCCAAUUCUUCUGGGCGUCGUCAACGCAUGUGCCCAGGCAUUCAGGGAUUUCCGUGCUCCAGGUUUUUGGCUGCUACCAUUACAGAUCCCCACACAAGAUGCAGUAAGUGCCAAUCUAAUUUUUGCACCAUUAUUAAUCCUUGAACAGAAUGUUGUUCCUGCCCUGUGUCGCAAAAAGAGCAUUCUACAGGAAGAGGAAGCAUCAUAGAGCUUCUAAUUGUCCUUCCUGGGAGGGUUUUUUGCCUCCUCAUUUGUACAGUUUAGCUAAGGCAUCCCCUUCUUCAAGAAAUGUUCCCUCUGCUUCUGUUGUACCACUGUCUCUUUCCUAAUCUUCUAUCGGUUCAUCUAUGGAAUUAUCAGGAGUUGCACAGGAUGAGAAUGGAGUUCCGACAGUGAAACUGCUGCGGUGCAACUGAGACUCUUCUAGUUCAGUAUGGAAUUUUGGAAUUCUCUAGGAAGCAAAGUUCUUUUAGGUAUCCUCUUUUACUUGAGGUAGGAGCAGCAUAGCCCUGUAAGAAUCAGAUGGUGACUGAGGACAAUCCAAAAAGGGGUUGGAACUUCUCUUAGAAGCAGGAAAUAUAGACUGCUAUCCUUGUCUUCAUACAGGAAAGACUUGCUAACUUCUCUUCAUCACUGGUAUGUAGGGCUCACUACUUCAUCUCGUCUCGGGCAUGAAGGGCUCACUAGUACUUCACCUAAUCUCGGGCAUGAAGGGCUCGCUAGUAAUUCUCCUUAUUUCGGGCAUGAAGGGCUUGCUAGUACUUCACCUUAUCUCGGGCAUGAAGGGCUAGCUAGUACUUCACCUUAUCUCGGGCAUGAGGGUCUUAGAGACUUCUCAUCACAAAUAGGAAGGGCUGGCUGCUUCUCUGUCUCUGACAUGUAGGGCUUAGCGACCUCUUAUCACAAACAGGAAGGGCUGGUUGCUUCUCCUCAUCUCAGGCAGGACAAGCUUUUAUGGUGAUAGGUACGGAUUGAAGUCUUCUGAAGGGGAGACUCCUGUUGGAAAUUUGCUUUGUCUGACCUCUGAUUCUGUUAAUGGCUCCCUGUCCCUUUUUUCACUAUCUGUGCUGGAGUCUCUUAUGGAGGCUUACAAUGGUAUUUAUAUACCACUAUAUGGGAAGAGCUAAUGAUGACAGGCAAUCAUCAUUCCUACAUUUAAGUAGUUUUUUUAUUUUCUGCAUAUUGAUUGACUCCUCGAAACCAACCAUUUCGUUCACAUCAUAGAAACUUCUAGAACAAAUUUUCUGAUGCAAAAUUGAUAAAAUAUUGUCAUUUCACAAAAGUAUGGCACAUAAACAGGUUUCUUUAUCGAGUUGCUAAUUUGCCACGUGUUAACAGGAAGCGACAGGCAUUGAAACUUCACAAGUACAGGAUGCAGUCACAUCUUUUUUCUGAAAAGAGAGAUAUCUUUUUUUUUUUAAUAUAUUUCUUUAGCAUUAUUGCUUCUACCUAUGACAACUAGAAUUUUGAGUGUGUCAACAUUUAGGAAUGGAUUUGCUACUGUACGUAGUUCAUGAAUCAGCAUAUGCAAAUACCAAGGAUAUAUAGUUUUUCUUAUAUUAAGAAAAUGUUAAAUUUAUGGUGGAAAAUCAACCAGCUAGUUUUAUGGAGUACAUAAAACUAGUAUUUCAGUUUAAGUAUGAAAAUUGAGGAGAUAAAAACAAGAUCUUCAGAAAAUUAUUAGAAGUUAUAAAAUUCUGAGUCCUGUUGGGUGACCUAAUUAUGUAGUACAGUAAUGGUAUUGCAAUGUGGAUGAAAAGUUUUACACACACACAUAAACCAGACUUUAGAAAAUUAUCGAGGUCACAGACAAAUGGAAUUUGAUGUGGGACUUGAGGAAAACAAAAUGUGAAAUGGUAAUGACCACUUGACGUUUUCAUACCUUUGUUAUUUCUUUAAGGAUGUUUUACGGAGGAAAUGGUGUUAACUAAAAAAAAUAAAGUUAUGCCAAAUA